AUUUUAGUGAAACAAUCCAACCAUUCACGGCUCUCUUCCUGAGUGGUCAUCAUUCUGAGAAAAUCCCGAAAAAGAAUCUCUAGAAUUCCUGAUAAAUAUUUCUGGUAUUUCUACUAAAGGGGAAUAAAUUUAAGAGUUUUCUCCUCCGUAUGGAUAACUCCAAGCGAGGAGGCUUUAGGAAGAGCUUGCUGCUGCUUCUUUUUUCUUAUUUAACAAGUGAGCAAAGCCGAUUCGUGGAAGCAGUUUCAGAUGACGAAUAUCCAGUGCUAACUAAGAGUCAGGCAAUAAUUGACGAUUCUACUGAUCCAAGGACUAAGUUUGUUUCUUCUUUAUCACAUCUUUUAGAACAAGAUGAAGAUGACAAACGAAGUAGUUCUUUUUUUCCCCUGAGAGGGAAAAAAAUUCCUAAUAAUGAAGCAAAUAUUGCAGACCAUUAUCAGUUUUUGCCCGAUCCUGAAGACAAACGUAGUCAGUUUUUUCCCUUGAGAGGGAAAAAAAUUCCCUUUGAUUUGAAAAGAGCGAGUUAUUUUAUGCCAAUGAGGGGAAGAAAAAAUGAUGAAUGGGAUGACUUUUCUGAGGAAGAGAACAGCCAAGAUAAAAGAGCAUCCUCUUUCAUGCCCAUGCGAGGGAAAAAGAGGAUUGAUGCCAGUUCGGACACAUAUCAGCAUUUUGGAAAAUCCGGUACGUAUGAUAGUAUUAAGACAGAUAUAACGCUUCCCUCCAGUAGUGGUAGUAACAGGACAGAAGUUAAAAGAAUGUCUUCAUUUUUACCUGUUCGUGGUAGAAAAACCGAUGAAAACGUUUCAGGAAUCAAUGAGACACAAAAAGAACAAUUGCGAAACAAAAGAAGCAUUUCUUUUAUACCUAUUAGGGGAAGAAGACUUUUAUCCAAUUCAGACGAUAAAUCUGACAGUGAGUUUCCUGAACGCAUCGUUACCACUUUGCUUGAAAAAAAGGCAUAUUCUUUCAUGCCGAUGAGAGGGCGUAGAGAUUCAUUAUUCAGAGAAGCGGGAGGUACGCUCAAAAAUGCCAUCGAUUCGAAUCAAGCUGGAAAGGAUAACACUGAUACAUUCCUAGAUAGUUUGGGUGGAAUGCCUUCUAUAAAUGAAGAGGAUAAGCGAGCGUCUUCUUUCAUGCCAAUGAGAGGAAGAAAGCAGGAUCAGUUUUAUAAAUAUUUUGAUCCUUUACAACCAGACAUAUUCGAAGACAAGCGUAAAAUGUCGUUCAUGCCAAUGAGAGGCAAAAAGGAUUCCGAUGAUGACUCUCAUUUUGCUGACUUAGAUGAUAAAAGAGCUUCAUCUUUUAUGCCUAUGAGAGGACGAAGAACCUUAGAAAUCGCGGAUAACACGGAUAAUGAUGAUAAAAGAGCUUCAUCUUUCAUGCCAAUGAGAGGGAGAAGAACGUCAGGUAGUCUAGACAAUAUUGAGGAUGGAGAAAAAAGAGCUUCAUCAUUCAUGCCAAUGAGAGGGAGAAGAACGUCAGAUAGUCUUGACAAUAUUGAGGAUGGCGAAAAAAGAGCCUCAUCAUUCAUGCCAAUGAGAGGGAGAAGAACGUUAGAUAAUCUAGACAAUAUUGAGGAUGGAGAAAAAAGAGCCUCGUCAUUCAUGCCAAUGAGAGGGCGAAGAACAUUAGAUAAUCUAGACUUUAAUGAGAAUGGAGAAAAAAGAGCCUCGUCAUUCAUGCCAAUGAGAGGGCGACGAACGUUAGAUAAUCUAGACUUUAAUGACAAUGGAGAAAAAAGAGCCUCAUCAUUCAUGCCAAUGAGAGGGCGAAGAACGUUAGAUAAUCUAGACUUUAAUGAAAAUGGAGAAAAAAGAGCCUCAUCAUUCAUGCCAAUGAGAGGUCGGCGUGCUUUGGAUAUAGCGGAUUAUAACGGUGACAAGAGGGCGUCCUCUUUCAUGCCGAUGAGGGGUCGUCGCUCAAUCUCAAAUUUCGGUUUUGAUGACACGCAAAGCUUAGAUGAUCUAGAAAAAAGAUAUUCUUUCACACCCAUGCGAGGAAGGAGAUUAUUAAGUGACACUUCUGAUGAAUAUAAAAAGAGAGUAUACGCAUUUAUGCCGAUGAGAGGAAGGCGUACUUCAAACGUAAAUGAUACCAAUGAUUUCUUCGAUUUAGAUUCAAAUGAAUACGGAAUUGGAAAGCGAGGGUAUGCCUUCAUGCCCAUGCGUGGACGUCGCUGGACAUCUGACAUGGAUCAGGCAAAUUACUAUUACCAUUCUUACCCUUUCUUCAUGCCGGCUGGAAUUGGCUCAGCUUUGAUUUCGAGACCAUUUGGUAACAGAGACCUCUUCAUCAACUCCAUUAAAGCAGCCGCGUCAAAAAGCAGACGCCAAUAUGACUGGGAAUCAGUGAAAAGGGCUUUUCAUGCUACAAGAGGGAAACGCUUUCAAAAAGGAUACUCAGAAGACAGCGCAGAAAACGACCCUGAGCAUGAGGAUGAUGAAGUAGAUGAAAAAAUUAAAUCAGAUAUAAGUCUCAUAGAGAACUUAAGACUUAAAAGAAAUAUCUAUCAGCCUCAAGUCAUUCAAUUCCAGCCUCAAAGAAAGUACAUAGCUCUUAAGCGGCCGAUGUCAUUUUUUGCCACUAGAGGGAAAAGGUUUGAUGAUUCUUCAAGUGAGCAAAUCUCCAAACUGCCAUAGAAUUUAUGUUUUUCCCCCACACAAUUUCCGUGAUAGAUGACAUGUCCUCUUUCAUUUUAUUUGGAUCACACUUUAACUGUAUCAUUUCAGACACAAAUGCCUUUUACAAGUUAAUCUAUAUCUAUUGUAACUCCGCGGAUAUAAAACAGACAUAAUGAAAUAUUGUAUCAUCUUUGACUAGCAGUGUAUAAUGUAAAUGUAAGACUCUGAAAUAAAAAAAUAUGAGUUUAACAAUU